GUGAAGGGACGCAGCCGGAGGCUUCACAUAAAAAAAGCUUGGAAAUAACCCAGCGUAUAAUCAUGUUGGACUUCUACUACAUGCUCUACUCGGCACCUUGCCGUUCGAUCCUGAUGAGUGCCCGUGCCCUGGGACUGGAGCUGAACAAGAAGCAGGUCGAUCUGGAUGCCGGCGACCAUCUGAAGCCGGAGUUCGUGAAGAUCAAUCCUCAGCAUACGAUUCCCACGCUGGUGGACGAUGGGUUCGCCAUCUGGGAGUCGAGGGCUAUACUGAUUUAUCUGGGCGAGAAGUACGACAAGGAUGGCUCCCUGUAUCCCAAGGAUCCCCAGGAGAGGGCUGUCGUCAACCAGCGCUUGUUCUUCGACCUAAGCACUCUGUAUCAGAGCUACGUGUACUACUACUAUCCCCAGUUGUUCGAGGAUGUGAAGAAGCCGGCUGAUCCCGAGAACAUCAAGAGGAUCGAUGCAGCCUUCGAUAUGUUCAAUACUCUGCUGAAGGGCCAGGAGUACGCCGCUCUGAACAAGUUAACUCUGGCCGACUUCGCCCUCCUGGCCACCGUUUCCACGUUCGAAAUAUCGGAAUAUGAUUUUGGUAAAUAUCCGGAAGUGGUCAGGUGGUACGAGAAUGCCAAGAAAGUGAUACCCGGCUGGGAGGAGAACUGGGAGGGCUGCGAGUACUACAAGAAGUUGUAUCUGGGUGCGAUUUUGAACAAACAAUGACUGGGCUGUAAUAAAUAAUCUAAUCUGUAUCGGUCUGUUUGAAUAAAGAGUGAGUGACUUUAAGAGUAUAAUGAAUAAA